AUGUCCAUGCAUUCAGUUAGUUUACUUCUUGAAGCAAUCUUCCUUAAAGCUAGUUCACUAGAGGGAUGGCAUAAAUCUCUGUUUGGAGCAAAGCUGUGCUCUAAAGAUCCAAAACACUCAAGGGAUGGCAUAAAUUUUGCUCAUAAGAUACUCGACUUGGCAAACAAUCAGAGUGAACAUCUUCUGAGCCAAGCACACAGGUUCCUUGGUGUAUGCUAUGGAAACGCAGCAAGAAGUUCCAGUGUUGAGAAUGGAGUUCAAAGAAAUCUUCAGGCGGCAUUGGAUGGUGCGGUUGAGUAUUCUAGUAUGGUGGGAGGAGUUUCAAGUAGAGGAUGGCAACAUUUAGCUAGGGUCCUUUCAGCGGAGAAACGGCUUAGGGAUGCUGAAUCUAUUCUGGAGUUUACCAUGGAAGAGGCUGGUGACAUCGAAAAGUUAGAGCUUCUGAAGUUGAAAGCUGUGCUUCAGAUGGCUCAAGAACAACCUAAGCAGGCAAUGAAGACAUGCAUCAGUUUGCUGGCCCUAAUCCGGGCACAGGAGCAAUCUGAACAAUUCAAGACUCUGCUAGAGAAAUCUGAAACAGAAGCUUGGCAAGACCUGGCCUCUGUCUAG